CCAUGCAGCCACAGACAAUCAGGAGCCUUUCUACACCCUCCGCGUCUGCGGGGAGACUCCAGACGGACUCUUGCUGCCUCCCCCGUCUGCAGUUCUACCGGGAGCCGUCUUGCCGCUUGUUGAGAGCGGGAGAGUGCCUCCAAGCUUCCUGCCGCAACGCGCCUUCCUGAGCUUCCAGCUCGCCUUUCAGGCCGCUCCCCUUUUAGAAGCACUCAGUGCCUGGCGAGGCGCCUCGAGCGCAGACGCCGUUGGGGGGGUGGCAGCAUCAGCAUCAGCAGAUACUGCUGCAGCCUUGCUGAGGCGCUUGUACACCCCCCUCAGAGUUGCAACACGCCGCUUCAUUUCGGAGGCAUUGCUGCCAGAUGAGGGGUCUCCCCAGGAUGAGAACUCUCUCCUCCCUUUGAGUGUGGACGUUCGCAGCCUCAGGUUGCAGCCGAAUCCUUCAGUGGGAGCGACGAUCCCCUCGAGAAAGCGGGAGGGGCCUGCUGCACUCUGUGGCGCCUCUACGUCGGUGUGGGCUCAGAAUGAGAUGCUACUGGUAGCGGACUUGAGGAUUCUGAACUUGCCCUCGACUGCAGCUGCCGCUAUAGUUCGGGAAGAGGAGAGAAAGAAGCUAGCCACAGCGGCACCCCGGCAAGUGGCGGCGACGCUGGACGCGUUGCCUUGCGAGUGGCGCCUAGAUGGGGUGUUGCUGCUGUUGCAAGAGCUGUGGAGGAGCUUCGCGAAGAAGUGGGAAGAAAGCCACUCAACGGCCACGUGUCUCCUCCGAACAAAUCCUUCUGCCUCCAAGGAGGGCAGGCACAACAUCUGUCCCUCUUGGGGCUUUCCGCUUGCGGCGUUUCUUUCGUGGAGCUACGGUUUCGGGAAUCUUGCGAUCGGCAGCAGCAGCAGCAAGAGUUGCAGUGGAUGGGGGGCUCUUCGAUCCUCCGACCCUUCGGCGCUAACAGUCGUGGGGAUGGGGAGCUGCAGUGGGGGACAGAGCGGUCCUGUUGUUGCAUUUGCUGCGAAGCCUGCAGCGGAGGUACACCUGCUGCAGCGGGGUGUCUCAGUUGCAGCUGUAGAGAUCUUGGAAACACCUGCAGCAGCAACUGCAGCAGCAACUGCAGCAGCAACUGCAGCAGCAACUGCAGCAGCGUCCCCCUCCCGCUUCAGACUGCUCGCUGCAGCCUCCUGCGGCGCUGAGACUGCCCCGCCGCUGCGCAUGCCGCAGCACUGGGUGGCUGUUGAGGACUUGUCUCUGCCUGCAUGCGUCGAGGGAAGCGCUGCGAGCUCCCUGACAAUCUCCUUCAGAGCUCAGACGCUUGUUGCAGGCCUGCAGCAAGAGUCUGCAGGAGGUCAUCAGGUGGAGCAGCAGCAGCAGGAAUGGCAAGAAAUGACAUUCGUGUCUGCUACGUUUAAUUCGCACGUGUCAGUUCACUGCAGACUGUCAGACCCCGCUCUUUCUGUCUUAUUCUCCGUGGAGCCCCUCUCUUUCCCGUCGAGAUUUUCAGCUCCAGACGCCUCCCUUCUUCCCUCCGUUACACCGAUAUGCGCCGUUCGUCCUCGCGAGCGCGUGUCGUUGCAAGAGGUUCUGCCUCUUUUGCGAUGGGAUCGGAGUUUCGGGGAAAGAGAGGGCUUCGAGGAGAACCUCGCCAGAGAGGCUGAGACAGCCCUACAGGCUACGCAGCAGUGCAAGGAAGGUCUACAAGACACGGCGAGAGGACAGCACCCAGUGGCUCCUCAAACGGGCAGCUCCCGACGAGCAUCUCUAGCACUUGUCGUGUCUCUGAGUCGCCCUUCUUCUGCCUUGUCACUUCGCCAAGAGGAACCGCUGCAGGACCGCCAUCAACGGAAACGGGAAGUUUUCUUCACCCACUGCAUGCGCUGGGGUAUGGCCGUGCCGCUGCGCCUGCUGGAAGAUGAGACGACUGCGGCACACUUGGCCGUGCCCCCCCCCGCUUCUCACGUGGAGCCUCUCGCAGUGAUUCCCAUCCUUUCUGCGCCUCAGCAGCUCCGCUUCGCAGCCAGCGCCAGCAGCCGUGACAGCCGCCGCUUGAUCGCGCUCCCCUCUAGCAGCAACAGUAGGAGCAGCAGCAAUAGCAGCCACAGCAGCAGCAGCAGCAACAAUUGGCCUCUAGAGUUUCACGUGUUCCCCGUGCUGGACAGCGAAUUGCCGGAAGUCAGUGCCUCGAACGAGGCUUUCGCUGUCUCCCUUAGUCGCCAGGGGCCUCUGCUGACUGUGCGUAUCAGUCCCAGCCUUGAGACGAGCAUUGGCGCAGCUCAGGCAGCCUUCAGCGACGAGACUGUCCUCAUGGAGUGGACGCCUCCCCCCCGCACGGAGGUGUUCAUCCAGGAUCGCAGUUUAGGCCGUUCCAGGCUCCUCCUCCGCCUCGAGGCUGCAGCAGCAGCAACACGUCCCGUGAGUUUCGCGGAACGGGGAGACGCGGAGGCGCCUCCCGAAGCAAAAGAGACGGCUGCACCCCCCUUAGCUGCCUUUAUCGUGGUUGCCUGUUUGGGGGCGCUAACCUUCUGGCUUUUGUGCCGCUCGACGGCCACUGCAGGCCCCUCCGCCUUCAAAACUGCAGCCGACAGUACACCGCAACACCCUUCCACAGGGAAGGGUGUUGUCAAAAAUCAGGGUGUUUACCGCACUCGCUCGGGGAGGGCAGCGGCCACCAAAUACGAUGCGCCUGCCCCUCUGCUGAUGCAGUCAACAGGCGGCAUUCCAGCAUACACACUCCAGUCGAAUGGGGAUUGGCGAGUAGAGGAGCCGCUUGUUGGAAGCCCCUGUGCGGUGUCUUCCGCUAGCGCGAAGACAGCGACGCGCUUUUACGACACUUAA